AUGGAUUUUAUACUCGCUCACUUCGAAAAGUCAAAAGACAAGUACAAAGAUGACGUCAAGCUGUCUACAAUGGUCAAUUCGGGGUGGCAGAAGAUGGACAAAUAUUACAGCAAAAGCGACGAAUCUCCUGCCUACGCUGCAGCUCUCCUUCUCAACCCCGCGCGCAAAUGGCACUAUAUCGAGCAAUUUUGGAGGCCAACUUGGCAAGAAAAGGUGAAGAAGAGUAUCAAGAAGUUGUGGGAGGAGGAAUACAAGCCAGAAUUGACUAUUCCAACCUCUAUUGCGCCUGCCACCACGUCUACUAACGAAUUCGAGCUCUGGCUGAACUCUAUUGAUACGCCAAUUGCAGUUGUAGACGAAUUCGAUUACUACUGUAAAGCAGAGCGUGUUUUGGGCUACCAGAGCGCUAUUGAGUGGUGGCUUGAACCUGCAACAAAAGGCCUACGCGAAUCUCUCCAAAAUGGCUCUCGAUAUGCUCUCUCUUCCGGCAAUGUCCUCAGAUCCAGAACGCGCGUUUUCUGCGGCAAAAAUCACUCUUUCGGAUCGCCGGAAUAA